GCCAUUCGACCUCUGCGGGGCCUGCGCGGACGCACGGAGAACCUCAAAUUCAUUAUGCGUUUAAAACCUUUAUUUAUUUCCGCAUAACCUACAUAGCUGCUCUCGCCAGGAGGCCGCGGCGCGGAAAGAAGCGCAGCUAUCGCUAGCUAAUUCCCUCCUCGGACUAGCUGGGAAUAAAUCACGGAGUACUUUAUUUUUUAUUAGCCGGCGGGGGGAUUUUGUAUAGAGAGUGUAGAGUUUUUAUUUAAUUUAUUGGAGGAAAAUGUCCGGAGAAAGAAACCGCAGGUCGCUGGCUUUCCGGGGAGGCGGAUUAGCCGCGGCCGGGUGCAGCGGUGUCGGCGGCGGUGGUGGCGGCGGCGGCGGCGGCGGCGGCGCUAACAGCUGGGAGGCCCAGGCCCGCCAGGAGCGACGAUUAAACGGGAACAGGCCGGAGCAGGAGGAGGACCGGGACCUCGGGGCGAAGGGAGCAUCGGUGGCGCGGCUGGAGGGCGGGGGGUCCGUCAGCGACAGCACAGAACCGGAGGCGGAGGAGGAAGAGGAUGUGGAAGGAGGGCACCACUGGGGCGCGGGGGACGGGGACGAGGACCGGGGCGCCGCUGACAGCUGGCUUUCAGGGACACCCGCGGAGGACGCGUCCCGGCGAACCCGGGGACACUGCCGCUGGAGAGCCGCCGCCGGGAACGGCCUGAGCGCCGAGGAGGGCGCCGGGGGAGCGGGCUCCGGGGAGGAGGAGCGCGGCGAGGCGGCGGAGAGCGGAGCGGACGGCGAGGUCGAGGACGCGGCCGCCAGGAAGCCCUCGGUGGAGAUGAGACCGCAGACGCUGCUCCAGAAGCACUCGCUCUUCCAGGGCUCCUGGCUGCAGGAGUUCCCCUGGCUGCGCUUCUGCCAGGAGACGGGACUCAUGUCGUGCUCCUGGUGCCGCAACAUGGGCGCCGGCGGCGACGAGCUGGUCAAAGGCAGCCGGAGCUACAAGCGGGCCCUGCUGCUGAGACACCACCUGUCCGCGGAGCACGGCAGGAACGACCCGGCGCGCCAGGAGAUGGAAAGGUUCGGGGAACCAGAUGGGGCGGAGUCAGAGGACUACAGGAACAAGCCAAACGAGAACUCCUACUGCUACCAGCUGCUUCAGGAGCUCAACAAGCAGAGGAAGAACGGCAUUCUGUGCGAUGUCAGCAUCGUAGUGAGCGGCCAGGUCUUCAGGGCACACAAGAACAUCCUGGUGGCUGGAAGCCGCUACUUCAAGACACUCUACUGCUUAACCAAGAAUGAGAGCUGCGACCAAACCACCAUCACCCACCUUGACGUGGCUGCUGUGCAGGGCUUUUCCGUUAUCCUAGACUUUCUGUACUCGGGCAACCUCCUGCUCACAAGCCAAAAUGCCAUCGAGGUGAUGUCUGUGGCCAGCUACCUCCAGAUGACGGAAGUGGUGCAGUCGUGCCGGGCCUUCAUCAAGGAUGCCCUCAACAUCAGCAUCAAGCAGGAGGCUCCUGACUCGGUUGUGGUGGAUUACAACAAGAGGCGGACCCUCACCAAGGACGGGAAGGGGUCUGACAAGAAGCCCAGCAACUUCUGGGCCACCAGCAUCCUCUCCAAACUCUCCAUCAAAGCCAGCAGCCACAUCAAGGAGGAGCCCAGUGAUGCGGAGGCAUCAGCAGGUGAGAGCUGCCCGCUGGGCAGUUCCAACUGGACCUGCGACAACUCCUCGGAGUCUACUGAGAACGAGCCACAGGGCCAGGGCCCCACGUUCACCUGGAACGAUAACACGGCCGCCACCACCCCUGUUAAGAAGGAGGUCAAGCAGGAACCGGGCAGCGGGCGACGGAAAAAGCAGAUCGUGCGCCGUUUUGUCUACAACAUCCCACCAGAGCCAGAGGAAGCCUUCGACGAGGGCGUGUUCAUCCAGCCGUCAGCGUCUUACACCAGAGAGGACUUCUCCUUCCUCUCCGAGAAUGCAGAGCUGGCCAAUCAGAUCCCGUACGGUCUUAUGCAGGAUCCUCACCAAGCAGAACCCUGGGAGAACGGCGAGUCCUCCGAUUCAGCCCUGAACAAGCUCAAGUGCCCCCACUGCAGUUACAUUGCCAAGCACCGGCGGACACUGAAGCGGCACCUGAUCAUCCACUCCGGCGUGCGCUCCUUUAGCUGCGACAUCUGCGGCAAGCUGUUCACCCGGAGGGAGCACGUCAAGAGACAUUCCUUGGUACACAAGAAGGACAAGAAGUACAAGUGCAUGGUCUGCAAGAAGAUCUUCAUGCUGGCGGCCAGCGUGGGCAUCCGACACGGCUCGCGGCGGUACGGCGUCUGCGCCAACUGCGCAGAUUCCCACCAGGGCACGCAGGAGGGUCUGGAGGCCAUGCAGGAAAUGGAGUUCUCCCGCGAGGAUGACUUUGAGGAGACAGGCGAGGGUGAGGAGGACAUGGCAGAGGAAGGGGAAGAGCCCAACGAGAUUGACCAAUCCAACUGGGAGGAGGGGGAAGCUGGCAGAGCCAGUGCUGCCCUUGAUGAGGACUAGUACAAGUUAUUAAAAAAAAAAAAAAAACAAACAAACAAAAAACCACAGCUGGGAAACAAUCAAUUACUCCAAAGUGCUAUCAUUCUUCACGGUUAUGCAUACAUGUCUGUAUGGCAGAGUAUAGCUUUGGUAGCGAGGGACUCCAAGAUGUACAAUUUUAGACUCUGGGUCGCAAGCCCUUAGGAGAUUGAGAAAUGUCUAUGAAAUCAGGUUUUUAGUGAUGUAUUUUUUUUGUAGGGGAAGGUGGUGUACAGAAUUAUAAUUUACGAUAGGCCAAUCAUCUUAAAUUUUAAUUAUUUAAUUUAUGAAAGUUCAGAUAUUAUGGUCUUAUUAAAUAUAAUUUGUUUUAUUGUUUGUGUAUGCUAAGAAAAGUUGUUUAAUUUUUGACUGUCCAUCCUGUCAAAAUUGAACGUAUAUUUGCUAGAUGAGAGUGUAGAAGUUUAAAGCAUUAUGAGGCUCUUGCCUAAAGAAAGAUUUAUUUCCAGCGUAGUUGAGUUUUAGAUGUCGUAAAAAUUAUGAUUAUUUUUUAUCUUUUCCCUGUGUAAAUCUUGGAACCAAAAAUCUGUUUUGUGUCUCUAUAAUGUAUUGCAGCCAUAUUUAUAAUUAAUUUAUGUGGGCUGUUCCAUUGUGCCAAGCAGAACGCACACCAAGAUUUUGCAGGAAACAAACUACUGAAAAUGCUGAGUGUGGGGGGUGGGGGGGGCGUUAAUAAAAUAUAAAAAAAGGGGAAAUUUUAUUGCUAGCUUUAUAUGAAUCACAGCGACAGAGGUAACACUUUAUAAAGCAUUUUGACUUUCACUUAAAAGCUUGAAUUUGCCAAAUUGAAGAAAAGUUUGGUGCUGUAAUGCUUGUUUCAAAAUACUGGACCUACAGCUGUAUAUGAUGUUUAUCAAAAAAGCUACAUAAACUCAGUUAUAUUAAUCAGCUUUCUAUAUAACACUGUCGUGCUGUAGAGCGCAUCAGGUAUGCUAUGCCAUUUUUUAUUUAAUGCACACAAUUUUCCUUUUUUUUUUUUUUUUUUUUUUUUUUUUU